AGAGGGCAGCUCCCGCAAGAUCUUGAGAUGUGUGAAGACUACCGCAGACAGCGCAUCAGCUUAUUAGCACUACCACAGCCAGCAGCGCCCCCACCAUCCUCCAGUUCAUUCUUCUCCCUAACCCUGCUGCAGGUAGUUUGCCUUGCCAAGAACAAGGCAAGCAAAGCCUAUCGAUCGAUCGAUCGAUCGAUCGGAAUCGAUCUCAUGUGGCAGCUCUGCCCAUCCAUCUGAGAUCGAUUGAUCGAUCGCCAGGUGUGUAUACCCGUUAAUUUCCAUGGGAGGCGACGGCAAGUUGGGUGCCGCCGAGGCCGCCGUCUGCUGCAUGUGCGGCGACCAUGGCCUCCUGCCGGAGCUGUUCCGCUGCGCCGCCUGCUCCUUCCGCUCCCAGCACACGUACUGCACGGAUCGGUACCCCAAGGCGGAGGCGUAUGGCACAUGCAACUGGUGCCUGAGGGCAGGGCAAGGAAGCGGCGACGGCGGCGGCGCCGAUCCUAGCCCGGUGAUAUCCACCUUCAAAGUGCCCGGCCGGCCUGUGCCGGCCGCUGACCGCAUGGAUGUCCCGGCUUGCAGCGGUGGCAGCAGAUCGAUGCCGGGGAAGGUCGCGGCUCGCGGCGACUUCGCCGCGGAGUUGAACAAGCCUAUCAAGAAGCAGCAACACCGGCGGCGGCUCCUGCUGCAGCGGUCGGCGUCUGACCUGAGCAGUGGCGUCCGUGCCAACCGCGGCGCCGGGCCGCCCUCUCCCGGCGUCGCCCGGGGAAGACCGAGGGUUCGGAGGUACAAGCUCUUGGAAGAGGUCAUCAGUAGCUAGCUGAGCGCCGUACAUGUCGUGCAUGGUUUAGUGUGCGUAUUUAAGCAUGCGGGCAUGUAUUUACGUACAUGUAGUAGACGUGAGCAGGUGCGGCGAUGGAGUUCUAUAGCUCUAUAUAUGUGAUGUUGAGAGCAUGACGAUCGACUUGCUAACAAUAACAUGCAGCUCGAUCAUUCACUUGAUUCCCGGUUUAGAGAGUGUUAAUGUAAGAGAGACAAAUGACAAAUGAACAGUAGCCGAGUUCGUUCCUCGAUGAUGUUUACAUUUGUAAAGGAACAGUGUAAAGACAAAUGAAAGGGCUUAAUUGGGCCAAUUAAACUUAA